GCGGCGGCGGCGGCGGCAGCGGCAGCGGCGCGGCGGCGGCUCGGACCCCCUCCCCCGGCUCCCCCAGCAGUGCAGCUCUCCGGGCGAUGCCAGAAUAGAUGCCGGGGCAAUGUCCCGCCGCAAACAGGGCAACCCGCAGCACUUGUCCCAGAGGGAGCUCAUCACCCCAGAGGCUGACCAUGUGGAGGCCGCCAUCCUUGAAGAAGAUGAGGGUCUGGAGAUAGAGGAGCCCACCGGCCUGGGGCUGAUGGUGGGCGGCUCCGACCCUGACCUGCUCACCUGUGGACAGUGUCAGAUGAACUUCCCUCUGGGGGACAUCCUGGUUUUUAUAGAGCACAAGAAGAAGCAGUGUGGCGGCAGUCUGGGCACCUGCUAUGACAAAGGCCUGGACAAGGGCAGCCCGCCGCCCUCCUCGCGCUCUGAGCUCAGGAAAGUGUCCGAGCCAGUGGAGAUCGGGAUCCAGGUCACCCCCGACGAAGACGACCACCUGCUCUCGCCCACGAAAGGCAUCUGCCCCAAGCAGGAGAACAUUGCAGGGCCGUGCAGGCCUGCCCAGCUGCCAGCGAUGGCCCCCAUAGCUGCCUCCUCCUCCCACCCUCCCACAUCCGUGAUCACUUCACCUCUGCGCGCCCUGGGCGCUCUGCCGCCCUGCUUCCCCCUGCCGUGCUGCAGCGCGCGCCCUGUCUCGGGUGACGGGACUCAGGGUGAGGGUCAGACGGAGGCUCCCUUUGGAUGCCAGUGUCAGUUGUCAGGUAAAGACGAGCCUUCCAGCUACAUUUGCACAACAUGCAAGCAGCCCUUCAACAGCGCGUGGUUCCUGCUGCAGCACGCGCAGAACACGCACGGCUUCCGCAUCUACCUGGAGCCGGGGCCGGCCAGCAGCUCGCUCACGCCGCGGCUCACCAUUCCGCCGCCGCUCGGGCCCGAGGCCGUGGCCCAGUCCCCGCUCAUGAAUUUUCUGGGCGACAGCAACCCCUUCAACCUGCUGCGCAUGACGGGCCCUAUCCUGCGGGACCACCCGGGCUUCGGCGAGGGUCGCCUGCCCGGCACGCCGCCUCUCUUCAGCCCGCCGCCGCGCCACCACCUGGACCCGCACCGCCUCAGUGCCGAGGAGAUGGGGCUCGUCGCCCAGCACCCCAGUGCCUUUGACCGAGUCAUGCGCCUGAACCCUAUGGCCAUCGACUCGCCCGCCAUGGACUUCUCGAGGCGGCUCCGCGAGCUGGCGGGCAACAGCUCCACGCCGCCGCCCGUGUCGCCAGGCCGCGGUAACCCUAUGCACCGGCUCCUGAACCCCUUCCAGCCCAGCCCCAAGUCCCCGUUCCUGAGCACGCCGCCGCUGCCGCCCAUGCCCCCCGGCGGCACGCCGCCGCCCCAGCCGCCCGCCAAGAGCAAGUCCUGCGAGUUCUGCGGCAAGACCUUCAAGUUCCAGAGCAAUCUCAUCGUGCACCGGCGCAGCCACACGGGCGAGAAGCCCUACAAGUGCCAGCUGUGCGACCACGCGUGCUCGCAGGCGAGCAAGCUCAAGCGCCACAUGAAGACGCACAUGCACAAGGCCGGCUCGCUGGCCGGCCGCUCCGACGACGGGCUCUCGGCCGCCAGCUCCCCGGAGCCCGGCACCAGCGAGCUGGCCGGCGACGGCCUCAAGGCGGCCGACGGCGACUUCCGCCACCACGAGAGCGACCCGUCGCUGGGCCACGAGCCCGACGAGGACGACGAGGAGGAAGAGGAGGAGGAGGAGGAGCUGCUGCUGGAGAACGAGAGCCGGCCCGAGUCGAGCUUCAGCAUGGACUCGGAGCUGGGCCGCAACCGCGAGAACGGCGGCGGCGGCGGCGGGGUGGCCGGGGUCCCGGGCGCGGGGGGCGGCGUGGGCGGCGCGGCCAAGGCGCUGGCCGACGAGAAGGCGCUGGUGCUGGGCAAGGUCAUGGAGAACGUGGGCCUGGGCGCGCUGCCCCCGUACGGCGAGCUGCUGGCCGACAAGCAGAAGCGCGGCGCCUUCCUGAAGCGCGCGGCGGGCGGCGACGCCGGCGACGACGACGACGACGCGGGCGGCUGCGGCGACGCGGGCCCGGGCGGCGCGGUCAACGGGCGCGGCGGCGGCGGCUUCGCCCCGGGCGCCGAGCCCUUCCCGGGGCUCUUCCCGCGCAAGCCGGCGCCGCUGCCCAGCCCCGGGCUCAACAGCGCCGCCAAGCGCAUCAAGGUGGAGAAGGACCUGGAGCUGCCGCCCGCCGCGCUCAUCCCGUCGGAGAACGUGUACUCGCAGUGGCUCGUGGGCUACGCGGCGUCGCGGCACUUCAUGAAGGACCCCUUCCUGGGCUUCACGGACGCGCGCCAGUCGCCCUUCGCCACGUCGUCCGAGCACUCGUCGGAGAACGGCAGCCUGCGCUUCUCCACGCCGCCCGGGGACCUGCUGGACGGCGGGCUGUCGGGCCGCAGCGGCACGGCCAGCGGGGGCAGCACGCCGCACCUGGGCGGCCCGGGCCCCGGGCGGCCGAGCUCCAAGGAGGGCCGGCGCAGCGACACGUGCGAGUACUGCGGGAAGGUGUUCAAGAACUGCAGCAAUCUGACGGUGCACCGGCGGAGCCACACCGGCGAGCGGCCUUACAAGUGCGAGCUGUGCAACUACGCGUGCGCGCAGAGCAGCAAGCUCACGCGCCACAUGAAGACGCACGGGCAGAUCGGCAAGGAGGUGUACCGCUGCGACAUCUGCCAGAUGCCCUUCAGCGUCUACAGCACCCUGGAGAAACACAUGAAAAAGUGGCACGGCGAGCACUUGCUGACUAACGACGUCAAAAUCGAGCAGGCCGAGAGGAGCUGAGCGCGGCGGCCAGGGCGCCCGCACCUGUACAGUGGAACCGUUGCCAACCGAGAGAAUGCUGACCUGACACUUGCCUCCGUGUCACCGCCACUUAGCACCCCGCGUGUCCCCGGGGGCCCCAGGGGAGGCGGCCCUCCAACCUAACCUGUGUCUGCGAAGUCCUAUGGAAACCCGAGGGUUGAUUAAGGCAGUAAAAGUUGUGAAGCCUUUUAACUGUGCAAUAAUUUCUGUAUUUAUUGGGUUUUGUAAUUUUUUUGGCAUGUGCAGGUAACUUUUUAUUAUUAUUCUUUCUGUUUAAAUUCCUUUAAAGAGAUUUUGUUGGGUAUCCAUCCCUUCAUUUUUUUUUUCCUUCCACCCAGUAGUAGCCUGAGCGAUGACUCCCGAGCAAUGUAGAAGGGAAGCUUAUCUUUUAAAUUAUAAUUUUUGGGGGGGGGGAGGGUGCUGCUUUUUUGAAAUUUAAGCUAAGCAUGUGUAAUUUCUUGUGAAGAAGCCAACACUUAAAUGACUUUUAAAGUUGUUUACUUUUUUAUUCCUUCUUUUUUGCUUCUUAUUUUUUGUCCUGAAAUGAAAAGUGGCAUGCUUUCUUUCUUUCUUUCUUUCUUUCUUUCUUUUUUUUUCAUUGUGAGGGGGUGGAUGUACAGCGGAUAACAAUCUUUAAAGUCAUAGCACUUUGUUUCAGAAUUGGAGUGGAGAUGUAGCACUGAUGAUGUCCUGAGUAACAGAGGCCUUUUCUGUGUUGAUUUAAACCUUUACAUUAUAUGAGGAACACUUGCAGUGGUGGAGGCAGGGCCUCCCAAAACUCAGCACUGCCGGAGGAACAGGUGUUUUUGAGGGCUGUGGGGGAAAUGGCCCAAGAGCAUUCUAAAGAUGAGUUCCCGGCAGGUACUACCCUUUUCUUGGAAGGUUGGUCCCCUGGGAUGCCAUCUUUGCUGUUUGCUGUAGAUUAGGCUGAAAAUGAAAUGGGCUGAGGGUCCUUUUUUGGUUAUAAGGUGGUGGCCUGCAGUGACACAGAAAAGACAAAACCUGCAGUGUUUUUUCAGGCUUCUUCUGGCUCGACAACUUCUCUCUCUCUCUCUCUCUCAAUACUCCCACCAUAAAAAUCCCAAGGCAUAUGUUGCUACAAGUGAUAAUUGAUCGUAUCUCAAGCAGACAAGCUCCUUGAUGGAAAACGGAGGGAAGUUAGUGUUGUCUUACUGAAUGCACACUGAUGACAUUGGAGGGGCAGGGGAGAGAAAAUCUUGCAAAUUUCUGUUCCCUUUUACUGGAAAAGCAGGGGAAGGGUCCCAUCCCAAGGUGCCCAGCGCUACUUCCCUUUUUUUUUUCCCCUACCCCAUUAGGUUGGAAGGUACUAAACAUUGGACUGUUAAGAUUAGACAUUUGAAUUCUUUUGACCCGCACUUUAAAGCUUUUGUUUGCAUUUAAAUGAAAUGGCUUCUAAACAAGAAAUUGCAGCAUAUUCUUCUCUUUGGCCCAGAGGUGGGUUAAACUGUAAGGGACGGCUGAGAUUGAGUGUCAGUGUUGCUAAGCGUGGCAUUCACAAUACUGGCACUAUAAAGAACAAAAUAAAAUAAUAAUUUAUUGGACAGUUUUUCUACUGCCAUUUGAUUUGAUGUGAGUGCCUUGAAAACUCAUCUUCCUAUUUGAGUCUCUUGAGACAAAUGCAAAACUUUUUUUUUUUGAAAUGAAAAGACUUUUUAAAAAAGUAAAACAAGAAAAGUACAUCCUUUAGACACAAACAAAGCCACAUUUACUUUAAAUAAAUUUUUAAAAAUCCUGGUUGAAGAUAGAGGACAUGAAAAUGCCAUAAGACCCAAUCAAAUGAAGAAAUAAAUCCAGCACAACCGUGGACAUCCAUUAGCUGAAUUAUCCUCAACCCAUUUUGUUUUUGGGACAACGCUGCUUAGAUUUGGAGUGGAGGUGAUUUACUGCUGAAUUUAAACUCAAGUGACAUAAGUUACAAGUUGAUAUCGUUGAAUGGAAAACAAAACAAAAACAAUUCAGGAACAACGGCUAAUUUUUUUCUAAAGUUAAAUUUAGUGCACUCUGUCUUAAAAAUACGUUUACAGUAUUGGAUACAUACAAGGGUAAAAAAAAUGUGUGUAUGUGUGUUGGAGCGAUCAUUUUUUUCAAAGUUUGCUUAAUAGGUUAUAAAAAAAUGCCACAGUGGCUGCGUGUAUAUUGUUUUCUUUUGGUGACGGGGUUUUAGUAUAUAUUAUAUAUAUUAAAAUUUCUUGAUUACUGUAAAAGUGGACCAGUAUUUGUAAUAAUUGAGGAUGCCUGGGCAUUUUACAAAACAAGAAGAAAAAAAAAACCCUUUUCUUUUCCUUGAAAAUGUUGCAGUAAAAUUUAAAUGGUGGGUCUAUAAAUUUGUUCUUGUCACAGUAACUGUAAAGUCGGAGUUUUAGUAAAUUUUUUUCUGCCUUGGGUGUUGAAUUUUUAUUUCAAAAAAAUGUAUAGAAACUUGUAUUUGGGGAUUAAAAGGGGAUUGCUACACCAUGUAGAAAAAGUAUGUAGAAAAAAAGUGCUUAAUAUUGUUAUUGCUUUGCAGAAAAAAAAAAAUCACAUUUCUGACCUGUACUUAUUUUUCUCUUCCCACCUCCCUCUGGAAUGGAUAUAUUGGUUGGUUCAUAUGAUGUAGGCACUUGCUGUAUUUUUACUGGAGCUUGUAAUUUUUUAACUGUAAGCUUGUCCUUUUAAAGGGAUUUAAUGUACCUUUUUGUUAGUGAAUUUGGAAAUAAAAAGAAAAAAAAAACAAAAACAAACAGGCUGCCAUAAUAUAUUUUUUUAAUUUGGCAGGAUAAAAUAUUGCAAAAAAAAAUUUGUAUGUUCAGUCCUAUUGUACAGGAGAAAAAGGGUUGUUUGACAACCUUCGAGGAAAAGAAACAAGAGAAAGUAGUUAAAUGCUUUGGUUCACAGAUCCUUUUAGUUGUAUAUAUUUUUGUCGGAAUUGGCCUCUACAAAGGACUGUUGGAGCGGGGCUUCACUCUGAACGCCUCGGGCCUCGCACCCAGGCUCCCUGGUGUGGGCGCAGCAGACCGGAUGAGAAAUCCUUUCUUUGGGUUGAGUGGAAAAAUCCGUUUUUGUAAAGAUGUCGGGAACAUUUCAGAGUCCGCUCUCCCCAAGGGGCCGUCUGUAAGAUGUAGACGUAGAGGAGAGAGAGCAGAGCGCGUCUUGCUCCUGUUGUCGCCACUGUGGCCGUCCCCACCGCCAUGUCUCCUGCCCUUAAGAGCAGAAAGAAAUGCAAACCGAGCUUUUCUCAGUCCUUGCGAAAACAUGCAACCAAAAAACGUAAUGAAAGGAGCUGGCGUGUCAGCGAGGCCCAGGUGACGUGAGCCGCCGCUGAGACCAGCGCAAAUCGGAGUUCAGGAAGGAGUCCCAUCAACCAGGACCUUUCAUUCCGCGGAGAGUGUUGGCCUGUUGUCUUUCUUACCUGCUCUGCUGCUUUUCUCUCCGAAACCCACAUUCCGUCAGUUUCCGAAUGCCUAGGGCCUGGGACGAAUUCGGUGCCUUUCCAUAGCUUCCUCCUUCUCUGUGUUUCUUCUCCAUCCUCCAGCCUCUGUCAGCUCUUUAUUUGUCCUUUGCA